CAACUUAUUCCGCAGAACUUUCAACAGGACAAUGAUGUUACUCAGCAAAACUACAGCAUCCGUACUGCACACAACACAUACCCACUUAUGAUCCGAAUUUCUGAGUCCGUCUUAAGCAGUUUCUAUGAGAUCUGUGAACGCUUCAUGGAACCAAACUUUUCAGUUGUCGCACUGCAUGCCAGAUGUCACAGCAAAACGGCAUCCAGGUUGUUUGCAUGAAUUUUUCAUGACUGUAUUGACGUAAACUGUAUUAGAGAUGCUAGCAAAAGCCGAAGACCGUUAAAAAUAUACUAAGAAGCACACUAAAAACGGAAAAAAAAUGGGUAAAAACGGACGAGAUAAACUGAACUGGCCUUUACGUGAAAAAAUGAAAAAAAACCGAGUAGUAAACUGAAGCAUAAACACAGUUAACCAUUAAACUGGGCGAAACUCGAAAAAAAAUCUACCGAACUUAUAGCUCAGAAUAGAUUAUUUAGAUCAGAAAUGGUACUUUUGUUGCGCAAGAACACAGCAAAAGUUUGAAAAAUGCAACCCAAGUUUGGACUAAACUUCCCGUUCGAAAAGCGCGCAUUCGUCCCGUCAACCCAUCGACGAAUGCAAUUCAAUUCCUCAACAUGCUUUCAGAAGAAAUUUGUAUCUACCAAGAGACCACCAUUGUCAGUAAUAACACAAGCCACCCAGUAUCAUAUCCUUUCCAAACUGAAACUGGGAUUUAAGGGUCGCGCCCAUCUCAACAUAGUGCGUUACUGUGUGGUGCUUUUCUUUUUGCUUGUACUUAGGACACAAUGUUCGAAUAAUUUUCCCGUGUUUAAAUGAAGUAUUAUCAAAAAUCAUGCUUUAAACUCAGUAUUUGCCAACUGAUUCCUACAUGAUUGUCACGAAAACAUGUUCUUGUUUUCCAAAAUUUUAGGGAAAUGCUACCAAAACCUAAAAAUCUCCCCUGAUUGGGAUUAGACCGUUUACGUUAUUUUCUCAAAAGUAUCAUUUUCCUUAUGUACGAACCCGUUAUUUAUUCUCCAAUAUGGCUGUCAGUUAUUUAAGUCAGGUAGAAGCUCAACAAGUAGAUAAUGAAUUAUUUACAGAAUAUGCUUUCUCUGUUGAUCAGCUGAUGGAAUUAGCUGGUCUAAGCUGUGCUGUUGCUAUCAAUAAGGCUUAUCCCCUUAACAAGCUAACUAAAUCCAAUGGUUCUGUACUCGUUUUCUGUGGACCAGGAAACAAUGGUGGAGAUGGUUUAGUUUGUGCUCGACAUUUGAAAAUGUUUGGUUACAAACCUUCUAUACAUUAUCCUCGUAAUCCAACCAAACAAUUGUAUAAAAAUUUAGUUAUUCAGUGUAAAAAAAUGGACAUUCCUUUCCUAUCUGAUUUGACAAAUGAAACAGUUAACUUAUUUGAAUCUUAUGAUCUAUUCAUUGAUGCACUUUUUGGAUUUGGUUUCAAACCUCCUGUAACUCCAGAAUUCAAAAGUAUAUUACAAAUUAUGUCAACAAGUUCAAUUCCUGUCAUAUCGAUAGAUGUUCCAUCAGGUGGGAGAUUUGUGCCAGAUGCACUAAUGAAGAAAUACAAGUUAAAACUACCCACAUAUCCUAGUCAUGAGUUAUGUGUACUCCUCAAUUCCUCCGAUGAUAAGAAGUAGUUAGUUAUAUUUGCCAAACUUUUGUAAAUGAUAUUUUGUUAAAAAUAUAUUUAUCUGGAAAGUUCCACUGAAUGUUAAUACUUUAUUUACGAAUAACACAACUAACUGAAGUAGCUUUGGUUAACAGACCAUUUUCAUGUGUAUCCACUAUGCCAUCAGAUCUGAUAGAUCUCAUGUUUGUUUUGUAUGUGAAUAUAAUACACGUAUCUGUCACGUUUUCAUGAUUGUUAUUUGAAUUAUUAUAUCAAGUCUUUCAAGUAGACACAAAUCCAGUAUUUUAAUAAAAGUAAGGAGGAAAUUAGAGCUUAUUUAUUGUAAUAAUUUAAUGAAUUCGUUGAUUAGUCUUGUUUUAUACUAAUUGCAACAGAAUAUCUGAAGAUUGAUCCAUAAAUUUGUUGAUUCAUUAUUCAAUUACAGAAUCAUUAAAAUUAGAUUUGACCAUGA